AAUUGCUUGAAUUUGUACUUCUCAGUUGACUAUUAUUUUUACAACCAAUUAUACAGAGUAGUAGAAAUGUUUUUUUAAAUUAUAUAUUAAUAGAAAACUAUUUUUUAAUAAUCCAAAUUUCCUAUCAUUAAGAAUGUAGUUUUGUACUUUUGUGCAAGUGACGUGAGAAACAAAUUCGGUAAUCGAUCGACACAUCUUGAUCAACUGAUGAGAAAAUAUUAACAAUCCGGCAACAUGUCAGUCUUUUAGUUGUCAAAAUUGAUAAAGUGUCUUUGGAAAAUAAAUAAAAAUGUAAAUUACGUAUUAAUAUGAAGAUCCAAAAUGAUUUUGGAUACAACGGAAUUACCGUUUUUCCCAAAAUAUCAAAUCGAACAAUAUUACAAUAAAAAUUUAUGGAUUAUUUGGUUCGAAGCUAAAUUCUCACAAUCUCAUUAUAACAUUCAAAACACAAAUAAAAGUAGUAAUGCCUGUACGUUAAUAGUAAUCCUAUUAGCUGGAAAGUGUAAUAAAUAUGAUAUUUUAUUAACUAAUCCCGUUAAUUCAAUGGUUCACCUUUUUGCUAUUAGCAUGUUGGAAGGUAAUAAAAUUUAUGAUACUCUCAAGCAAAAGAAUAUACUAAAACACGUAAAUUUGAACGUACCGGAAGCGAUAAGUUAUGGUGGAUCUGAUAUAUCCGAUAUAAUCGAAUGGAAAUGUUUGGUUUUUAUGGAACAACUAUCGAAAUCGUUGUAUAAAAAUAUAAAAUCAAAUUGGAAACAAUGGCUUCGAGCUGAUACUCGAAGACAUAAUAACAAUUUGUACGUAGUAUUAGUGGCAGAUUCAAGAACUGUACUUUUUAUAAUACAAUUCAAAACAAAAACGGUGGUAUUAAUAGAUUCACAUCUACAUAGUUAUACGAAAGGAGCAUUCAUGGCGUUUACCGAUAUAUCUAAAUUAAAUUAUCUUUGUUAUUGGUAUAGCGAUAUUUUACGUAAAUUUUAUAAUUCAACACCGCAAUUAUACGAACUUUCAUUUUUAUAUUUUCUCCCAUACAAUAAUUAAACAUAAAAAGUUUAUAAAAGAA